AAUUCAGUCUGGUUAACACCCCGGAAAGUGGCAGGCGAAUGUGCAAACGGUUAUAAAAACGCUCGAUUUGCUAUCGAUUCAGUUUAAGCAAAUAAAAAAUAAUUCAAUGCAGCAAAAUAAAUGAUCAAACACCAAUAAAGGAAUUAAAGAAAUAGUGAUAAUAUAUAGCAGAUUACUGCAAGUGUGUGUCCCCAACUGUGAAAAAAGUAAUAAAUCCAUAAUGUUGCCCAAAUUUCUAGUAAUUUUUGGUACAAUUCUGGUUAGCUGUCAAGUUUCAUUCGGCAAUCGUUUUGGAUACUCUGAACCAAACCAAAGACGUUGGGCCAGGCGCCAUGGGCAUUGUGCUGGCAAAACGCAAUCACCAAUUGCACUCCACAUUUCAAAGACAAUACCUUUGCAUAUGCCUGCUGUCGAUAUGAUUGGCUAUCACAAUUUGUUACCUUAUCCUCUGACUAUGGUAAAUAAUGGACACACGGUAUCAAUUUCCAUUCCCAAAUUGGAUGAUGCGGCAAAGGAAAACGGUGAAUUUAUGCCCUACAUACGUGGAGCCAAGCUACCGGGCGAAUUUGAGGUGGAGAGCAUACAUUUCCACUGGGGCGAUAAGAACAAUCGUGGCGCAGAGCAUGUCGUCAAUGAUAUUCGUUACACCAUGGAGAUGCACAUUGUGCAUCGCAACAAGAAGUACAAAACUUUGGCCGAAGCCUUGGACUAUGCAGAUGGAGGGGCCGUUCUGGGUUUCUUUUUCAAUUUGGACGAAGAUGAUGACAAUGGCUUGUUAACAAUAGCCCGUCAUUUGCAUUUGAUUCCGGAUGCUAAUAAUGAGAUUGCCUUGAAUGUGACAUUUUCACUAGGCUCACUUAUCCAUAGUGUCGAUAUUGAUAAAUUCUACACAUACAAAGGUUCUCUAACAACGCCACCAUGUUCCGAGGCCAUAACAUGGGUUUUAUAUCCCGAUCCUAUACCCAUCUCACCAAAACAGAUUUCACGCUUCCGUCAAUUGGCUGAUGUUCAGGAUGGUGCUUUAGUGGACAAUUAUCGUCAGCUGCAGCCGCUGGGAAAUCGUCGUAUUUUCUGGCGUGUGGGCAACAGUCAUCAUACGCCGAUAAGUGCAUUGACAUCAGAGGUUGAUUAUAAUAAAUGGGAUUGGUUCAACUGAGUCUUUGCAUGCGCUGCAAAAUUCUUAAAAAUUCGGAUAAUGCAACGAAUAAUUGGCCCUAAAUUCUGUUGCCUUUAUGGUUCAUUAGAAUAUUAAUAUAGCAAUCUUUAGUAUGUAAUGCAUUUAUUUAUAACAUUUAUAAUUGACAUGUAUACUGUGGAUGCACUUGUGUUUACUCUGAAACGAAAUUUCAAUUUUUUUGAAAUAAAUAAAAUCAUUCCUGUUUCUACUAUACAAUA